CAGAGCUGUGGGAAUAAGAUGGCGGGGAAGAAGAACGUUUUGUCGUCUCUUGCAGUUUAUGCGGAAUAUUCAGACCCUGAGUCUGAUGGCGAAACUGGAGUCGACGCUGUGGGAGGUGCGGCUGAAGAGAAGGGUGGCUUGGUAUCUGAUGCCUAUGGAGAAGAUGACUUCUCUCGCCUAGGCGGUGAUGAAGAAGGUUAUGAAGAAGAGGAGGAUGAGAACAGUAAGCAGUCGGAAGAUGACGAUUCAGAGACUGAAAAACCUGAGGCUGAUGACCCAAAGGAUAAUACAGAAGCAGAGAAGCGGGAUCCUCAAGAGUUAGUGGCCUCCUUUUCUGAAAGGGUCCGUAACAUGUCACCUGAUGAAAUCAAGAUCCCACCGGAACCGCCCGGCAGAUGUUCCAAUCACUUACAAGAUAAGAUCCAGAAGCUCUAUGAGCGGAAGAUAAAGGAGGGGAUGGAUAUGAACUACAUCAUCCAGAGGAAGAAGGAGUUCCGGAACCCCAGCAUCUAUGAGAAACUGAUCCAGUUCUGUGCCAUUGAUGAGCUGGGCACCAACUACCCAAAGGAUAUGUUUGACCCCCAUGGCUGGUCUGAAGACUCCUACUAUGAGGCAUUAGCCAAGGCCCAGAAGAUUGAAAUGGACAAAUUGGAAAAGGCCAAAAAGGAGCGAACCAAAAUUGAGUUUGUAACGGGCACCAAGAAAGGCACCACAACCAAUGCCACAGCUACCACCACCACCACUGCCAGCACAGCUGUUGCAGAUGCCCAAAAGAGAAAGAGCAAAUGGGACUCUGCCAUCCCGGUGACGACAAUAGCACAGCCCACCAUCCUCACUACCACAGCCACCCUGCCAGCGGUGGUCACUGUCACCACCAGUGCCAGUGGCUCCAAGACUACCGUCAUCUCUGCUGUGGGUACUAUUGUGAAGAAGGCCAAGCAGUGACCAGAGGACACCCCCAGGACUUGACAGGACUGUGCAGCCCAGUAACUUCUGCUCACUGGGAGGCGCCACUCUAUGUUUCAGGACUGAGAUGUGCUUCCCAUGUGCCUUCCAAGAGGAGCCUCUCUGUGACAUUCCAGCUGGAAGGACAUUGCAGCAGAGGCAAUGGGCGCGUUGGACAGUCUGUCCACACACCUCUUGGGGGCUCACCCAAUUAAAAGUACUGGAUUCUUAGGUCCUGGCAUGUCAGGUGCACUGGCCUCUCCCAUGCUGUGUUCAGGCAAACAUGAAGCUCAAGUGCCCUCAGCAGCAGUCAGGAUUAUUGCUCAGGAUGAACUGUGGUGUGACGGGAACUGUGGGGAGUACUCGAGGAGCUACCAUGGUCGUUCCCAGUGUGUGCCCGUGGUGUGGGCAGGUGGGAGUUCAAGGAGGGGUCAGACACAUCCUCUCCUGUUGUCUACUUUCCUGAUCCCCAAACCAGAUCUCAAUAGUCCUCAGGCAGUAGUAGCAGAGGCCCUGCUCUCGUGGGUGCAGUUAGGCGCUCCCCACAUUGCUUCUGAUACACACCCAGGCAUUUGAAAUCGGGCCAGAUGGCAGAGGGCUAGGAUGUGAUUCCCAACCUGCCCAGGGCAGGAGCAAAGUGGGACCCUGGCCAAAGCCGCCAAGGCCCUCGGUACCUAGUGAGUGUGGCCAGCAGGAUCCACACAGUGGGGGAGAUGAAUCACCUCCUGCUCUGCCCGGGCGUCGACUCAUUGUUUAUGUGAGAGCUCUGCUCUUGGGAAGGUCUCCACCACCCCACCCUUCCUCUGCUGUUAUCUCUGCACAGCAGCAGCCCCUGGGCAGCUCCAUUGGCCACUCUCAGAGCCCACACAGGCUCACCAACCCAGUGCUGGAGGGAAAGCUUGCCUUUUGUGCCCUCUGGCAGCUCUCCUUCCCACUCAGAGGAAGGGGUAAGUGUCAAAGGAGGAAGUCAGGCUGUGAAGGGUCCUGCUGCUUCCAUAGGACCAACAGAGACGACGAACUUGCCUCUAAGGUUGUGGUUGGUGGUGGUUGUGUGAUCUGAGGACCAACAAGCUGCUUGUGAGAUAAAAUAAAAGCCGAGUCACUAUUG